AUGUUGCGCAACAACACCGUGACACUGCAAGCCCGAGAUGUUCUGGCCCUGGGAGGACACAAAUGGUCGCAAAUGGAACCGGCGCGUUACCAAGAACUCGUACAAGCGGCCUUGCAGCAGGGCGUUACGACUCUGGAAGCGGGACAAGACGGAGGAGAAGCCGCGUUACUGCAGGCCUACCAGCACGCACAAAUGCACCAGCUCACCGGGACGGACCGUCCGAACAACCAAGCCGUCACUGUCUUGACCCGUGUGGGCUACCGGACCAUUGCACCGCCUCGGGGUGAAGCGGAUGUCGUCGCCAGCGCUAGCCAGAACGACGAUGCCGUCCGAUCCACCACCCACAGUCCGGCUACCUUCUUUUUGCCACUCGAUAUUCACGUAGAAGAUAUCCCCGCUCCGGAAAGUACGGAUCCCAAGGCCGCCACCAAAUCGCAAGUCGUCCACAACGUCGGUAAGGAAUAUCUGCAAAAAGCCAUACGAGCCUCGCCACUACUGAAUACCACUACGCCGCACGAUUUACGCAUCGUUCCGUUACUGCACAAUCCCGAAGUCCAAGUCAUCCUCAUGCAAGAUAAAUCCCCCGAACAACGACAAAAUCGCCUCAAGGAACGCUUGCAGGAUGCCUUUCUGGCCCUGGAAGAACAAAUCCAAGCUGGCACCAUUGCCUCCUACGGCAUUGCCAGCAACGGACUCGGAUUACCGUCCACCCAUCCCCUCCACUUGGACUACCGCACCAUACUCCAAGCCGCCGCACACGUUCGUGAUACCUUGGGACACGCCGUCCGGCUAUCCGUAGUACAAAUACCCGCCAACGUUUUGGAGACCAACGGUUUGGCGGUCGCGCGCGACCUCCACGCCGCCGUUUCCGCCGACCCUGACCUCCUCCCGCACCUGGAACUCCACUGCAUGCGCCCACUCACGUGCUAUCCCGACGCAGGAACCGGCACCGGACACCCCUUUGUCGUUGCCGAUUACCAAAUACCAGCCACCAUGGAAAAGAAACUCAGCUGGACGAACGAAAUGACUGCGCCACCAGAACUCUACGACGUGGCGCUGAAAAGCGCCCUGCAACACUUUGAUGCCGAAGAAAUCUUGCAAGCCAAACAGGACGGAAUCGAACUUUCGGCCGAUCAGCGGGAGACACUCGACGGCUGCAAACUAUUGCAAAGUUUAUUGCACGAUGUCGACGUGGGUUUGGACAAUCUACGUUCGUUCCGAGCCCACGAACACGACCUCUACCAAAAGAUUAUCCCUCUCAUUCACGACACGUUCGAAUCCUACGACGACGAAACGGCCCGUGUCCUGCAAAGCUUUUUCGCUGCCUAUAGUAUGGCGGUGCGGUACGCAAUUGCUCGGAAUACCCGCAAGUUGCUCCAACACGGCGAAAACCAUGGGAAACGUACUAAAGAGGUCCCCGUAUACGAAGAUUUGCCUCCCACCACGCGACUGCAAGAAUUCGGACUCGAUUUUGUUCUGAAAGCAAAGGUCUUUGACAAGCUGGUGGUGGGUUGUCGGCAGCCGGAUCAAAUCCUGGACGAUUUAGAUAUUGUACAACGAUUUCUGGAUGGCAAAUUAAACGUCAUGGAGGAGAAAGACACGCAAGACCAAUCGACGACCGAUCAAUGA